AUGUAUUCAUCAAUCUUCUAUUUAUUAUUACUAACAAUAUUAGUAUUGAUCAAUGGUCAGCGUUAUCCAUCCGAUGAUCGAGGAUUAUGUCUUUGUAAAUGCUGCAAAGGUAAAGAUUGUUAUGCAACAGAAACAAAAGGAAGUUUUGCACUUAUUAAUGGUAAUCGAUGUUAUGAUUCAAAAUAUGCUUGUAUAUCAAUGAAUUGUGCAAAACAAUUUCCAACAAUGUGUUCUUUGCAUUCAAAUGAUGGAAAUAUUCUUGCUGAAUGUCGUCCUAUGAUUUCUUGA